CUCUCUCUCUCUCUCUCUCUCUUCCCCUGCCGCGGCGGUGGUGUGGUUCGCCUCCCACUCACUCCCACUCUCGCGCACACAGUUCCGCUCGCUCGAACUCUGUCCGUAUAUAACGCGCCGGGGAUUCCUUAACCCUCCCUCACGCCUCCGUCCGUCCGGACCCCGGAUCCACCAUCGCCGCACUCUCCCUCCCUCUCUCCACUCCCAAAGCCCCGCCUAGAUCUUGGUCGCCGCGGUCGGCCUGCCCAGAAGAGGAAAAAUGGCGCCUUGGUCGCCGCGGCCCCUGCUGGUGCUGCUCCUGCUGCUCGCGCUCCUCUGCUCCCACAUUGCGCUCUGCGCCACCGCCGAGCCGGGGAAGUCCAAGGCCAAGCCCAAGGCCUCCGCCGGCGGCCGCAAGGCGCUGCUGGCGGCGUCCUCCGCGGGCGACGACGGGGAGGACGCGCCGGCGGCCAAGCCGGCCAAGAACGCCGCCGCGGCGGGGGGGAAGAUCAAGAAGAAGCUCGCCGGCGACGCCAAGAACCAGACGAAAGUCGCCAAGGCGAAGAAGUCGGAGUCCGCCGCCGCGGCGAAAGGUGCCGCCAAGAAGGCCACCGGGAAAGCGGCUGCGGGCGGGGACGCCGCCAUUGCCAAGGUCCCCAAGGCGGACAAGGCCAAGGUCCCAAAGCCGGACAAGACGGCGGCGGCCGCCAAGGCCAAGGGUGCCGAUUCGGCCAAGCCGGCCAAGGUUAAGGGCGACGAGUCGGCAAAGCCGGCCAAGGUUAAGGGCGACGAUUCGGCCAAGCCGGCCAAGGCUGCGAAGGCGGGCGCGAAGGCGGGGAAGCCGGCGAAGACGGCGAAAUCUGAGGCCGCUACGGGGAAGGCCAAGAAACCGGCCAAUUCGACCGCGGACGCCGGCGUCAAGCCGGCCAAAUCCGGGAAGAAGGCACAGGUGGUCGCCGACGCGAAGGCGAACGCGACCGUCGUGAGCGAGGAGGAGACGACGGUGGGGGCGGAGGUGGAGGAGGACGUGGUGUUCGCGGAGGAGGCGGAGGGGACGGGCGACCUCAUCUCCGAGUUCCGGGGCCUCCCAGCGCGGCUGCAGGAGACGCUCAUGCCGGACCUGGCGCGGCUGUCGCACCACUCCAAGGCGUACCUGUCCGCGGCGAACGCCGGGAUCGCCGACGGCGUGCGCCCGAUCCUCGGCGGCCGGUGGGCGGCCGCCGCAGCCUCCGCGGCGUCGGUGGUGCUGCUCCUGCUGCCGCUCUUCAUGCUCACGGCGCUGGUCCGGCGCAUGGGCCAGUACCUCCCGCUCCUCCACCGCGCGCUGCUGCUGGCGCAGGCGUACCUCGCCAUCUACUUCGCAACGCUCGCGCUCGCCGCCGCCGCCACGGGGCUCGAGCCGCUCCGGUUCUUCCACGCGGCGUCCCCGGCCGCGUACGCCUGGACGCAGGCGGCGCAGUCGCUCGGGUUCAUGGGCUACCUCGUGCUCCAGAUGGUGGACCUCGUGGCCGUCUUCUCCGGCGCGGCGUCCCCCGAGGAGGACGGCAACGGGGACGCCACCAAGGCGCUGGGGCUCGCGCAGAUGGUGGUGGGGCUCGCCGUCGGCCUGCACUACUACGCCGCGGUGUUCCACCGCGCCGCGGCCGGGGAGGCGCCCCGCGCCAACUGGCGCGUGUACGCCGUGUACGCGGCCUGCUUCGUCGUCGUGUGCGCCUGCGCGCGCGCCGAGAGGAGGAAGAAGGCCUACCUCGCCGGCACCGACGGCGCCGCCGAGGAGUGGAAGAAGAGCUGACCAGAGUGAGAGGGAGGCAGAGGCACAGUAACAUCAGGACGGGGGCUUGUGUGAAAAAGGAAAUACAAUAUGGCGGUAAACCAAGGGCUUGAGUGUAAGAAUGGUCAGAAUUUAGGAAGGAGGAAAAAGGAGGGUAUAAAAGGAAAAGAAGCAGGGGGGAAUCUGUGAUUUUCUUUUUCCUUUCCUACAUUUGUUAUUUAUUAUGUCUCCCCCCUUUAGUUUUUAAUUAUUGGUUUGGGUACAGAGGGAUAAAACUUGAUAAUGGGGGCAAAAUAAGGGUUUCUACCAUUAGAAUUGCUAUUAACGUGUAAGAAUUAUGUUGCCCGGUGGGAAAAUUCCCCCGAGGCGACUGACCGAUGUCGAAUUUUGUCGGAAAAAUGGAGGUGUGCUUUUGGGUGGUUUCUGUUCA